AUGGGUUUCCUCGCGACGGUUCAAAAGAUUUUGUCCCCGAGCGCAAAGGCGAACUCGACGAUGACGCCGACGGGUGACGACGUGCCGACGAUGGAUGCGAAACGAGCGCGCGUGACGAGCGCGCGAACGCGGAAUGAAACCCCGGUGAAGACGGAGAUGGCGGAAGGGGGGGUGGAGAACGUCAAGGAGGAGCUGGAGGCUGCGGCGGAUGACGACGACGUCGGCGAGGACGGUUUGACGGCGUUCGAGCGUGAGCGCGAAGCGUUGAUCAAGCGAAAUAAGGCUCGGAUGGAGGCGUUGAACAUCUCAACGUUGUCCGCGGAUGUGGGGGGUCGGGCGAAGGGACCGGCGCCGAGCUCGCGUGGGAUCGGAAGUAAGCGAAGGAGAGAGGCGAAGGAACCGGUGGAGCCGACGAGACGAAGCUCGAGAGCGAGGAAAAUCGCGCCAGAACUCGCGAGUGGAGUCGCGUACGAGCGACGCGAUGGGAGUGUGGUGUUGGCUGACGGGGCGACGUACAGACCGGACGGCUCUUACGCGGAACCGCCGGUGAAGACGCGGCCGAGCGGCGAGGUGAAGCUCGAGAGCGAAAAUGGCAGCGAAAAGACGGACGCCGCCUUCGUGGAGGAGUUGCGAACGAAGAUGGGCGCGUUCGUGGAGACCAAAGCGCGAGGCAUCACCGCGAGUGUGCGAGAAAUGGUGAAAAAUAAGCUGACUUUGCGCGAGGAGGACGUCGCGAAGUGCGUGCCCAAGGGGGUGACGCACUUGGAUUUUUCACACGACGAGUCCAUGCUGCUCGUCGCGUCUGGGGACAAGGAGGGACACAUCGGACUCUGGCGCGUCGACAAGCAGGCAAAGGAGAACGAUGAAGACGACGAUGACGUCGUGGACGACGGUGUGCUGUAUUACAAGGCACACGGGAACUACAUCUCGCACUGUAAAUGGGGGCACGGAGCUCUUCGCGGCAAACUCUUCACGUGCGCGUACGACGGCGCGGUUCGCGUGCUCGAUCCCCAAACCGGAUCGUUCGCGGAAACACUGUACUCCGAAGAGGACGAGUUCUCGGCGUGUGAUCAGUUCUCACACGGGAACAACGCGUUGGUGUGCGAUAACGUGGGUAACUUGCACCAAGUAGACCUUCGCGCCGGAAAGUUCACCGCAAAGAGCCUGAGCAUUCACGAGAAGAAAAUCAACACCGUGCACAUCGAUCCCGGGAACGAAAAUCGGUUCGCCACGUCGACGAACCAGCUCGUGAGCGUGUGGGACGUUCGCAAAUUGACCAAGAACGCCAAGGCGGUGCACGAAAUCCCGCACAGUAAAUCCUCCCAAGCCGCGUACUGGUGUCCCGACGGCUCGGGCGCGCUCCUGACGACGUGCUACGACGACGCCCUGCGCGUGUGGAACCCCGAUCAGGACGUCAACAACCCAUCGGCAUUGAUCAGGCACAACAACCAAACCGGUCGCUGGGUCCUCCCCUUUCGCGCCGUCUGGUCCGCCGCCGGCGACGGCGUCCUCUGCGGCUCGAUGCAGCGUCACGUCGAGAUCUUCAACCCCAAAUCCGGCGCCUCCGUGGCCAAGUACUCCUCUCCCGAUCACAUGACCGCCAUCGCCAGUCGUUUGGCGUGUCACAGAACGUUAAACUACGUCGCCGCCGGCACCGCCAGCGGUCGCGUCCACGUCUAUCGCGCCGACGGGCGGUAA